CGUCGCGUCGCGUCUCCCACUUCUGUGCCCCUGCCCGCCUCCAUCAACAUAAGGCUUCCCGAAUCAACAGCAAAGCAGUAUCCUUACCCCCGUAGACAAGUCAGGCCGCCACCAUGAAUCGUAUCGAUGUCAAGAGGCGAAACGUCCUCGACCACCGCAAGAAGCAGUUUGCAGAUCCUUCAUACAAGGAAACGCAGUAUCCGCACCGCCUAAACUUCUACUCGACCCCGCCGACAGCAGACAUCACGCUCGAGCAGUUCGAGCAAUGGGCCAUCGACAGACUACGGAUUCUCGCCGAGUUGGAGGCGUGCUCCUUCCGCAACAAAACACCGGCCGAGACGGAGGCGCACAUGAAGCCACUCCUCGAGAAGUACCUCCCGCUGAGCGCCAGCAGCUCCGGCAGCUCAAACCUGCACGCGCAGCGUCAAAAGGACCACUACAGCCACUUCAUCCUGCGCCUGGCCUUCGCGUCGACCGAGGACCUGCGCCGGCGCUUCACGCGCGUCGAGACCAUGCUGUUCCGCCUGCGCUUCCAGACCGACGACUCGCGGGAGCGCGCUGCCUUCGUGCGCACCCUCAACCUUGAUUGGGAGCCCGUGUCGGAGGAGGAGAAGCGCGCGCUCGCCUCUCAACUGGCGACAACCAUCGGCUUCGGCUACGGGAAGAGGGCGCAGCAGGUCAUGGAUGAGGAUUGGUGCAAGGUCGACUGGAUCAGGGUACCAGAUCUGAUUGAGGGGAGGAAGGUGUUUGUGAAGGCAGGGAAGGCAUAUGUGCCGGGGAGUGCCCAGCAGAGCAUGGUGCUGAAUGCGUUCACGAAGCGGUUAGAGCAGGCAUUGGAGCUCACGUCUCGGGCGCUCCCUCGACUCGACGAAGACGACCGCCUGACUCCGAUCCUCGACCACCUGUCCAAGAACUUCGUCGCACCCGACUCGAGCUACAGCGGUAGUAGCCAAGCGAUCGAGGGAGCCGAGAUCACGGCACGCAACAUCGACAACCUGUCCCAGCAUUUCCCGAUGUGCAUGGCGCACCUGCACCGCUCCCUGCGGCGUGACUCGCAUCUCAGGCACUUCGGCCGAUUGCAGUACAUGCUCUUCCUCAAGGGCAUCGGGCUGAAUCUUGAGGAGUCCCUCAUCUUUUGGCGCUCCAGCUUCAACAAAAUCACCGACGACACCUUCAACAAGGAGUACCGCUACAACGUGCGGUACUCCUACGGCGACGUGGGCGGCGACUCGAACAGGCGCAGCGGCGGCCACAGCCCGUACAGCUGCCAGAAGAUUCUUACGGAGAAUGCACCCGGCUCGGGAGACGCGCACGGCUGCCCGUAUCGGCAUUUCAGCAUGGAAAACCUCGCCUCGCUGCUCCGGGCGUCAGGCGUCACCGACCCGCAGGUGCUGCACGGGGUGAAGGAGGAUAAGGAGAGCCAGAAAUACCACAUGGCGUGUAACCGCGUCUUCGAGCACCUCCACAAGAAAGAGAUCAAACGGGCCAAAGACGACGGCGUCAUGACGGCGGCGCAGCUCGAGACCAUCGUGCACCCGAACGAGUACUUCAAGCGAAGCUAUCUGCUCAAGAAUAUGGGCAAGCAGCCACAGCAGCAGCAGCAAGGAGAUGUGAAGAUGGAAGGGUGACCGUUACAUGUGGUGGCAUGUCACUGUGAAGAGCUGAGACGCCCAAGCAUGUGGGAGGGUCAGCUGGGUGCGCAUCUGAC